UCGCUUACUGCACGACAGCAUAAUAUAUUACCCUACUCUACGUUCCCUACAUACCCUGCCUUACCUCGCCGUGCCACGCCCACACUAACCAACGUAGCCAAGCGCGUCGGUGCCACUCCCACUACUACUGUAAGCGAAGCGACCGCCAGUAGCCAGCGCUGAUCGUGAUUACCGCUCAUGUCGUUUGGCGAGUACGCCUCGUAUUGUCGUUAUUGCAAUGUAAUUGUGAUUGUGAUUGAGGGCGGGUGUCAUUUAUUGCGUGUACGGUGCGUAGUUUUGGGGGUUGGGGUUUGGGCGGCGGGAGGAGGAGGAGGAGGUAGAUAUAUAGGUGGUUGUGGUCCCUUUUUCUUUUGUUUCGUUUUCGGGCUUCGGUUGCCUUUUUGCUUUUUUGCUUUUUGCUUGCUUGCUGGCUGGCUGGCUGGCUGGCGCUGGGUUUUGUGUUAGUUGUUGCUGUUGUUGUUGUUGUUGUCGUUGAUGGUGGUAGUAGACUUGGUAG